CCCCUCCCACACUCCACACCAAGUAACCAUCGAUCACACCUAAGAACCGAGCUAGCAAUCAACAAAGCAGCGGCACGGCAACAACAGCACAACCCUCCACCCACAGCGAUCACCAAUCCCAAUAUCCCGCCAUGGCAUCGCACCAGCAGAAGCAAUCCCAGCGGCAGCAAUCCGUGGGGUUCGAGGACUACCUUCCGGUGAUGGCAGAGCGGCUGGGCGAGGAGGGCCUGAUGCAGGAGCUGGCUUCGGGGUUCCGGCUGCUGCAGGACCCCGCCUUGGGCCUCAUCACCUUCGCCAGCCUCCGCCGCAACGCGCCGCUGCUCGGGCUGGACGGCAUGUCCGACGACGACCUCCGCGGGAUGCUUGCCGAGGGCGACUUCGACGGCGACGGCGCGCUGAGCGAGAUGGAGUUCUGUGUCUUGAUGGUGAGGCUCAGCCCCGAGCUCAUGGACGAGCCCCGAAGGUGGCUCGACGACGCCGUCGCGCAGGCGUCCCAGUUCCUCUUCACCAGCUAGAUUUCAGUAGUAGGGGUUGCUCUCUUUUUCUUUAC